AUGAAUAUUCGACAGCGCAAGUCGGAGCGGCACAAGGAGGUGCUGCGGAAGCUCAGCCAGAAUGGUGGUAACAAGAACUGCUUUGAUUGCGGCAUGCGAGGUCCGCUCUACGUGGUGUCCGAUUUUGGCAUUCUUGUCUGCUCCAGCUGCAGCGCCGUGCAUCGUUCCUUUCAGCACAAGGUGAAAGGAAUCACGAUGAGUGAGUUUACGGAUGACGAGAUCGCCCGUUUCUCCGUAUCUGGCAACGACCGGGCCCGCAAGGUAUGGCUGAGUACCUUUCAAGACCAGCUCCCUCGCUCCGGUGACGUGAUGGCGCUGAAAGACCACGUGCGCAUAGCUUUUGAGGAACGGCGGUUUUGGAAUGCGCAGGAGUUCUCCGCUUUGCAAGACUCGUGGGAGCACGCAAGGGAACAACCUUCACAGGCGUCACCACCUUUGUCGGUGACGAAACCUGCAGAGUCCUCCUUCGCUUCAGUUCCAGAGGCACCCACCGCGCAAUCCGGAUCCGCCUCUGCUCCGACGAAUCCCGCGCGACCGCCGCAAGAGGACGUCUUCGAUAACCUGUUCUCUGCACCAGUGCAGUCUUCGUCGACGCCGCAGCCCACAGCGCAUGCAGUCGCACCACCACCACCAAUGACUACUUCGCACGCCCCUGCUCCUCCAGCGCCGCAGCAGCCCGCCACAGUGACCAGUAUCCUGGCUGACUUGUUUGCUGGUGUGCCGCCGCCAGUAGUGCAGCCAGCAGGUGGAUAUAGCGCCCUUCAUCUACAGCAACAGCAGCAGCAGUCGAUAGGCUAUCCUGCUGAUGGCGGCAUGUACAACAUCACUCAAGGCCCCCCAAGCGGCAUGAUGGCACCUAGGCAGCUGCAGUCCUCACAGCUGCCUUACCCGCGGCAGCAGCAAGCGCAGCCGAUUCCCUACGCUGCAAGUGGCCCGAUGGGGUACAUGCCAUAUGUAGGAAGUCAACAAGCAGCGACGUUCAAUUUUGCCGCACCAUCCGCAUCUGUGGCGAAUCCGUACCUGUACCAGCAGCAGCAACAGCAGCCGUUCACUUGA